AACAUCCCAGUGACUCUCCUGAUCCACCUAGGAGCAUAUGGUGUUUUUCACAGAAGAGAGAGAUCAUCUCCUUGACUUUGGACUUCGCCUAUUGAACUCCUGGAACAGAACCAAGGUUGUUGCUAAGUGACCGCUGGUGCUGAAUGCACUUUGUUCUAGCAAAAGCUGACAGGGAGAAAACCAAGGGGCAGUGUUAUCUGCCACGACCUGGGAUUAAGUCAGGGAGAAGGAGCCUCCUGGAUAUGACGUGUAAAAACUGGAUAUUAAUUUCUACUACUACCCCCACAAGUCUGGAAGAUGAAAUUGUGGGAAGACUUCUAAAAAUUUUGUUUGUUAUCUUUGUUGACUUAAUGUCUAUUAUAUAUGUUGUUGUAACUUCUUAGAAAGCU